UCUGACGGGACUCUUAUAAGGGAAGUUUGACAAGUUCGACUCAGUUUCCCUCCUGGUCCCAAACUUGGAUUUCAACUUCUCCAGAGAGUGAUUUCCACGAGUGGCGGAGAAAGUCCCCCUGGGCCCUCUUCUUCCUCUCUCUAACUGCCCAGCUAACGCUCCCUGAGAAUGGGUGACUGGAGCGCUCUGGGUCGUCUGCUGGACAAGGUCCAGGCCUACUCUACUGCCGGGGGGAAGGUCUGGCUGUCGGUCCUCUUCAUCUUCAGGAUCCUGGUCCUAGGUACUGCGGUGGAAUCGGCCUGGGGAGACGAGCAGUCUGCCUUUAAAUGUAACACCCAGCAGCCUGGUUGUGAGAAUGUCUGCUAUGACAAAUCCUUCCCCAUCUCCCACGUUCGCUUCUGGGUCCUCCAGAUCAUCUUUGUGUCAACGCCCACACUCCUCUACUUGGCUCAUGUCUUCUAUCUGAACAGGAAGGAACAGAAAUUCAACAGGAAGGAGGAGGAGCUUAAAGCUGUGCAAAAUGAUGGCGGUGAUGUUGACAUCCCACUGAAGAAAAUUGAGAUGAAAAAGCUAAAGUAUGGCAUUGAGGAGCACGGCAAAGUGAAGAUGAAGGGGGCCCUGCUCAGAACCUAUAUAGUCAGCAUUUUCUUCAAGUCCAUGUUUGAGGUGGGGUUCCUGGUUAUCCAGUGGUACAUAUACGGCUUCAGCCUGGCUGCAGUCUACACCUGUGAGCGGUCCCCAUGCCCUCACAGGGUGGACUGUUUCCUGUCCCGUCCCACAGAGAAGACCGUCUUCAUCAUCUUCAUGCUGGUGGUCUCACUGGUGUCCCUGCUGCUCAACGUCAUCGAGCUUUUCUAUGUGUUUUUUAAGAGGAUCAAAGAUCGCGUGAAGAGCAAACAGCCGCCCACGCUCUACCCCAGUGGAGGCACCUUGAGCCCCACCCCUAAAGAACUGUCCUCCACCAAGUACGCCUACUAUAACGGCUGUUCCUCCCCGACUGCCCCACUCUCACCCAUGUCCCCCCCAGGCUACAAGCUGGCCACAGGGGAGCGGGGAACCGGCUCGUGCCGUAAUUAUAAUAAGCAGGCCAAUGAGCAGAACUGGGCCAACUACUCCACAGAGCAGAACCGGCUCGGCCAGAAUGGUGGAGGAAGCACUAUUUCAAAUUCCCAUGCACAAGCCUUUGACUUCCCAGAUGAUACCCACGAGCAUAAGAAACUGUCCUCAGCAGGACACGAGCUGCAGCCGCUGGCGCUGAUGGACGCCAGGCCCUGUAGCCGGGCCAGCAGCCGGAUGAGCAGCCGAGCCAGGCCAGACGACCUGGACGUGUAAGCCCUGGUUCCUCCUCCUACCACCUCUGCCUGGCUGACAGGAUGUGUGGCUGCAGCCAGUGAAUCAGGAGACACUUGAUCACAUAGCUUCAUAUAAGAGGUGGGGCUAACCUCAAUCACUGUCUUCAGCAUAGAGACUCUUAGUCAAUCAAAGAGACAUUUAAACUUGUUAUGUAACACUGUCAAAGGUACAAGUUUCAAAUACUUUUUCAAUGACUUUUACCGUAACUUUUUAGUGGAGCUAACCCAGCUUUAAGAGAACAGAACAGCCGCAGGAAUGGUGCAAGAGUCUAACAGAGGCACUCCUUAAAACCAGUCACUGAUCAGUUCAAGAGCAGAGGACCACACUGGUCUAAGUGACUGAUUUGGUUUUAAUUUGCCAAGGUUUCAUUAAAGGAAAAUUCAGUUUUCUUCUUGUUUUAUCUCUUCCUGUUGGUGACAGCAUUUUACUUACCACUGUCAUAGCUGAGAGCUGAAGGUAUGGUGACAGCUUUACAACAGGAUGCCUUCUUCGUUGUGUCUUUGUAACAUCUGACCAGAUAAAAAUGUGCCUUCUCUCUAACUCUGGUUCAGCUCCAGUGCUUUUUUUCUGUUAAUCAAUGAGCAUUGUCUCUGUCAAAUAAACUAAUAAAUAAAAGUAGAGUCCAGUAGGGCAAGAAACAAAUCUCCACAUGUCCCAAAUCCCUAAUUUAGCCAAAUGAUCUAAACCAUAUAAUUUGGAAUUGAAAAAGUGAGUUGAAGGUGAACACAUCCAGAAUGUCCAUUCAGAUUGCAGACAAUAAUUAUUACUGCAACCGUGGACAGUUUGCUACCCAUAUGACAAAAUAGACUCAUAUGAAAGAUUUGUCGUUUGCCACCUCUGUGGUUAAGGUAACUAAAGGAUUUAGUUAAGGUUAGGAAACCAUCUCCUUUAUGGUUAAAAACCAACACUGAGUUUUGGUAAGAGAUAGGAUGUAAACUCUCCAGUGUUGAAGUCACUCGCUUUCUUCGUCCCUAAUAGGUAUUACUGCAGAAUGAUGUCACACAACCGUCACGUUAGCUCCUGAGACAGGACAGUCAGUCUCUUGUCGGGAACACGUAAACAUAGGUUAUGUUAGCUGUCUGAAGCUGAAUUUUUCCUCACUGAGACAGGUGAGGUCACACACACACACACACACACACACACACACACACACACACACACUCCAUGUCUACUAACACUGCACUUGAGUGUUUUUCAGACAUGUUUGUAUUGAAAGAGUUUGAUGGACUCGGCCACACUUGCAUUGAGUUGCUCUUACAGUUACAAUUUGUUUGUGUAAUAAAUCUGAAUUUAUGUGUGAAUUAACAUUAUUAAUACAUUUUCCUCUGUUUUCACUUACGUCAUAACUUCUUAUCCCAGUUCUCAAUUAAAAUCACAUUGUAGUCUCUCAGUCACAACAGACAGGAGUUAUAGUGCCAGUGCCAUCGCACAGACAGAGCAGAGUAACAUGUAAAGUGUUAACCACUUGGCUCAUCCUUUGCAUGUGACUUACAGUAAUGGUUUUGGGGAGAUUGCUUAAUACCAGUUGUAGUGAAUAUUUAUUGCUUGGCAUCUGUAGGACACCUAACACUAAGAGGGAAAAUUGACUACUAUCCAUUAUCUCUUACUCGCAGAAAACAUUACAACUUACAUUAACUCCCCACAAACUGUAUAUUUAUUGACAGUAAAAACUCUUAUUUCUUUAGUAACUUUGUCAGUCAGCGUGGACUGGUGUUUCCUGAUAAACUUUGAAUUUAUGUGGUGUUAUGUUUUCAUUUUGAGGUUUUCUUUGUCUUUUUUGGGGUGUGUGAGAGUGGCAGGGCUGAGGCUGCUGUGACACGGCAAACACUGAUUUCUGCUUUUAUGUGGGCUCCAUAAAGAAAGGCUUCUUUUCAUUGAUUCGACAAGUGUUGUUGUUUUUCAUCUUUUGUUGGUAGUAGAGAAAGACAGUAGAAUGAUUAUCUGUGUUUUACAUAUUUGAGUGAAUGCUUUUCCGUUCUGUAGGUAUUGUUUUGUUUUUCAGACUCUAUGUAAUCGUUGCUGCUUGAGAAAUAGAUAUUUAGUACUGUAAAUCAAGCUAACUGUCACAAUAAAAAUGUGAGUUUUUAGAAGACUGCUUAUAGAUCUGGACUAAUAUUUAGUCAGUUAUAUUAAAACAUAUGCCAAUGUAGCUCCACAACUACAAAAAUAAAUCUCAAUUUGGACUUACUUUCUUUUUAUUGUAAUUUUUUAAAUUGUCAUUGGUGCAUCAUUUUGUCGGUACUUACAUGUUACAUGGAUCUUUCAGCUACAAUGGCGUUUGCACUGAGAUCUUGGUAAGAGUUUUCUGAUAUACAUGUUACUAAUUUAUUUUAUAACACAGAAAUCACUUCAGUGCAUAAUAUCAGACAUCUGGCCACUGGUUUCAUUGACUGGUUCUGUGAGAGAUGUCUUCCAUUGACAACAGGAGCAAUAGUCAUUUGUUGCAGUUAUUCAGACAAUGCUAAUCCAUGGGGAUCCACUGUUGUACAGUGUAAAUGCUUGAUAGCAAGACAAAAACCCAUUUAUUUGUGUCUGUGAAAAGCUAUUUUAACCAAUAAAUAUUUUCUGUUUUAA